GCUGCAGGUGCCCCACAUGCGGAAUGUAUCAGGCUGCUUCUUAGAACAGGAAGAGCAGAUGUCAAUUCAGAAGACUGUAAUGGUCGAACUCCGCUUUGGUAUGCUAUUGAGCGAGGACAUAAAGAGAUUGUUCAACUGCUUCUUCGAACAGGAAAUAUUAAUCCUGAAUUGAAAGACGAACGAGGUCGAACACCGCUUUCACAUGCUAUCCAUAAAGGAAAUACGGAGAUCCUUCAGCUGCUUCUUCAAACAGGAAAUAUUGAUCCUGAAUUGAAAGAUGAACGAGGUCGAACACCGCUUUCAUAUGCU